AUGCCAGAGACCAGGCAGUCAGAGAUUGAAGCGCUGAAGGCUGAAAUUGAGCAGCUUAAGGCAUUGAUGACAUCGGGGAACAGUAGUAAAUUUACUAUCCCCGAUCCCAUCAAGAACGUAUCGGAGUUUUCCGGUAGUAAGAAAGAACUUUCAAGCUGGCUACGGGAAGUAGACGAGCUAUAUGAAAUGUUCAAGAUAAAGGGGGCCAACGGCCAGCCCGAUUCACUAAGCUCUAUGUAUAUUAGAGCGAUCAAAAAUAAAAUAAGAGGAGACGCUCGCGCGAUUGUAUGCGCAAAUGGCGAUCCUGAUACCAUUGUUGGUAUCAAACAGAUCCUGUUAGAACAAUACAGUGAUCGAUUUGACUUUGCGACAAAUGUGUCGACACUGUUUAACAUUAAGAAAAGUGAUAAAAGUCACCUGAAAUUCUUUAACGAAUGCAAGGAGAUUAACACAAGACUUAAAUCUAACUUGAAUUCCAAUCCCAUCACAGGAAAGGAAAUCAUAGAUAUACUAACCGUUACUCGAUAUCUUGACAAUAUCGGAGAACCUCUAUCCGCUAUCAUUAGAUUAUCCAAGCCUAAAACCUUAGAAGAUGCAUACGAGUCAGUGUGUAUAAACCAGAACGCGGAAAUUAGAUCUAGACCCGCGAAAUCUCAAUUCAACAAAUUUCCCAACAAAAGCAACGGCCCCUCGAAGUUCCACGCGAACGAAGUAGACGUAGAUAACGAUGACGACGACGAUGACGAUGAGGAUGACAAUGUGCAAGAAACGUAUGAGAAACUUGACAAAACUUUCAAUUCACUGUUAGAUAACGAGCAGAAUUUAGAAAAAGUAACAUUCGAUAGUUUAGACUCUUUGAAUUUCAUAUUUGAGAUUGAUGAAUUAUUAUACUAUUUAGAGAUAAUUGAAGAAUCUAUAACACUAGCCGGACGAAGCAUCCCAAGCAGUCGCAUCAUCCACCCUGAAGAGCUUUCGGUUAUUCGCCAUACCCUCAACGAUAACGGUUUUCGAUUGAACUCGGUCGACGAUAUGUUGAACAUUGCUAGCGCGUACGCAGUAUAUAACAACGAGAUGUUCAUGUAUAUACUCAAGAUACCAAAAAUCAAGGAUGUGCAAUACAAAAUUGGUUUGAUUGAACCCGUAAUUGCCAAUAAUUUACGAAUUCAUCUCACGGCACAAUUUUAUAUUGAAGGACAGAACGCAUUUAUGUCAAAAAACCCGUGUCCAAAGAUGAAAGAUCUCUCUAUAUGUUCCUCCAUAUGUCCUCCAUUGGAACCGCCUACGGAGUGCAUUCAACAAUUAGUUUCAGGACAACACACAGCCAAAUGUCCUAUGGAACGAAUUUACGAAGCUAAAACUAUUCGUAAAAUCACAGAAGGCAACAUCAUGGUUACAGGAUCCAACAUUACACUUUCAUCAAAUUGUUCAUCCGAACGAUUACUCAAUGGGUCAUUCCUCAUACAAUACUCCAAUUGUACUGUGAAGCUGGACGACGAGGAGUAUGCUAACUCUGACAUGGAAAUUCAACCAUUCAUCCCUACCACAGGAAUUAAGGUCAGUCCAACUAUACUGAUAAACAAUAUCCCGUUACAGCAUCUGCAAGAGAUGAAUUUAGAACACAGAAACCAGAUAUAUCAUCUCAGCUUAACUACAAACAAUCUACAUUGGAAACUACAUAUGUUUGGAUGGUUAACCUCAUUAUCAACAACAGUUAUAAUCAUAUGUAUCCUGGGCCUGAUCAUAGCCAUCAUCUUUAAAAUAUUUAGUUGGAGAAAACAUCUCACACUUAACACAAAAGAAGAUAUUCAUAUCAAUUUCAGCCUAGCAACUGAUGGAUGUCCAGAGUCAAGAGAUAUACCACUUAUCCCACAGCAAUAG